CACAACCCAUUGUGGAAAUAAAAGUCUCGUGAGAGCCAGUUCAUGUAAGUGUUUUACGACGAGAUACCACAUCAAUCCUUGUAAAACUCGACUUGCUCUGGAGUUCCCACGUCUUUGGCGGCAGAGCUCCCCUGAGUUAACCAAGUAGUAGCUCUUGAUAGUGAUACUUGUCUACUUAGAGUAAAGGAGCCGGUAAUCGGCCAGCUCCAGUUUUCGGCCGAUUGGUUGGAUGCAAGGUCUUAUGAUAACUCUUCAAGAUGUAGGAAAUAUCUACUUAUUCAAACAGACAAAGGAUACAGAUAAUUUACCUUCUUGUUUAGUUCAUCUACAAGCAUAACAACUUGGAAGGGUUUCCAUCUCAUAGAGCCACAUCCCUCCUCAACCCAGAUGGUAUUAUUUGCUGCUCCCCCUAGAAAUAGAACUCAGUCAUGCCUCCGUCAGACACAUGUAGCUCUAUUGCAGAGACCAUGGGCAAUGUUGGGCAGCAGCCAAACUCAUCGAAGGGGCUGCCGCAGCAUUUCAGCUUCGCAACUCUCGCUGCAUCUGCUUCUCCCUCAACGAUACCACCAAUGCCAAGUUUUUCGAAAUCAGAGAGCCAGUCUACACCGUCAUCCCUUUCACUUGAGCUUGCAUCAGGAUCGAUCAUCCACAGACCAGACUGGGUGGAGUAUUUAUCAGGAGGAGGGGCUGCUUUUGUCAACAUCGUCAUGACUUUUCCUUUGAACAAGGUGCUAUUUCGCCAACAACUACAUGGAAUUCGUGCCAAAAAAGCCCUACGCCAGAUCAACAGAGAGGGACUACAUAAUAUCUACCGUGGUGUGCUACCUCCACUGUUACAGAAGACCUGUUCCGUAUCAGUCAUGUUUGGAGCAUACGAGCAGUUCAGCCGCAUCUUCAAGAGCCAGUUUCCUAGCCUCAACCCAAUUGUGAUUCUUUGUCUAGCUGGACUGCUUUCAGGUUCUUGUGAAGCCCUUCUUGCACCAUUUGAGCGUGUUCAGACACUUCUUCAGGAUCACAGAAACGAAAAUAAAUUUAGGAACACACACCAUGCUCUCAGGACUAUCUAUUCCCUUGGAAUACGGGAGUGUUAUCGUGGACUGACAGCUGUCCUCCUGCGCAACGGGCCUAGCAAUGUGUUCUUCUUUAGUUUGCGUGGAAAGGUCCGAUCCGCGCUUCCUGAGCAGAAAACAGACACGGGUAUGGUUGUGAAUGAUUUCAUCAGUGGGGCCAUUCUUGGUGCGAUCCUUAGUACAGCAUGGUUUCCAGUCAACGUGGUUAAGACGAGAAUGCAGUCCAAGGUUGGUGGUGAGUUCCGUUCCUUCGUGUACGUAUUUCGGCAGAUCUACGCAGAGCGCGGCUACCGCUGGAGAGCCAUGUUCUUUGGAGUCCAUCUCAAUUUUACUCGGGCCCUGAUAUCCUGGGGUAUCAUUAAUGCUUCCUACGAGAUCUUAAAAACAUCUUUCCAGAGCUGGAGUUCAUGAUGAAUUAUUACAGGAAGCUACAGAAUCUUCCUGUGACAUUGUGAACGUUGUCAGUAAUGAUGAAAUUUAUGGUUUGUGAUUUUUUAAUUUUUAUUCUAUAGUCCAUAUUAUAGGAGGAAUCAUGUUAACUAAUGCUGAAAUAAUUUGAAUUAUAUAUUCUUUUAAAAUUUAUUUUGUACCACCUUAGUUGUGUUUACAUGAUUGCAUGAAUUAUGAAGAAAUUUUACAACAUCUUUCUACAAUGCAUGACUUUUGGGGGUAAAAUAACUAUUUCUUGUAACCUGCAAUCUAAAAUUCCAGGGAAAGAGAAUCAUCAUGUUUUCAUGUAUUUCAUGAAUUUCAAGUGCUGCAUGCAUAUCUCAGAUUUCAAUUAUUAUUUUACCAUUCAUUACAAAUAUUCUCCUACAAUGAUGAGUAAAGUCUUGAUUGGAUAACUAAUGUUUUGUUUAAUAUAGUACAUGGAAAUGUGAAAAGGGUUUGGAAUAAAUAGAAGAGUAUACAUCUAAUCUGCAAAUACUUUAUCCUCACAUGUAACUCAGACUAAUGGUGUGAAAUUGCAUUUUAGUGUGACAUCAUUAAGGGUUCAAAAGCUUCAGCCGAUAGGGUAAAGCACUAUUUCUGUAGCAUUUUGUCAACUACAGGCAAAAUUCUGUCUUAAUCAUCUUCUCAAACAGAUGGGUUUGUUAUACGCAAAAACAAUUUGAACUCUAAAACGUACACCUUUCUAUUUCUACAAAUUAUCUUUGGCUUCCUUUAUAAUGUAAGCAAGUACUGUUAAGGCUCAUUAACAUAUGCUGUAGGAAACCAUGUUGAGUUUUUUUUUUUUUUGUGAGUGUGACUGUGUGUCAUAAAUAUAUGGCAAGUAGGGAUGAAAAAAGUUGUUUGUGCAACAAUGAUCCUUGCAUACUCACUUUACAAUUUGAGGCACAGUACACUUAUUAAAAUAAAACCUCAGUAAACUGGUGGUUUACCUCAGCUUAUGUGAGCAACACUUGACAGUGCAUUAAAUGCUCCUGAUUUUGGCCUGAUUUAUUGUGAGCUUUCUGUACUUGUGCAAUGACGAGGAGAAAGUUCAUCUCUUUAAAGUUCAUAUACUGUACACGUGGAGGGUGGACAUGUUCUCUUGAAAGUUUGAUUGUUUUGUUCAAUUAUGAAUUGAUUUCAUAAUUUAUUUUUUACUUUGAAAAAAUAUUUUGUCAUCUUUUCUUGCCUUGUUUGUGAACAUGAACAAUGCAACCUUUGAUGUCAGUUUAAAAUGUGAGUGCAGGAAUACCAAAGUGUUGAUAGAUUUAACCUCCCCGAUCAACCAUGCAUGUAUUCAGGUUUUGCACCAAACAACGUCAUCUAUCCCUCAUUACCUACUCAUAGAUGGACAUUAUGUGACAAUGUGUCUUAUUCAGAUUCAAGUACACAUCAUGAUAUCAUUUUAUCAGAGUUGCGCAUAAAUCGGUCAAUGAGGUAUUUUUGUAAAAGGGGGUCAAGUGUCAAAUUUUAUACAAGUCAUUGACAUAUUAUUGAGUUAUUCACUUAUUUGGCACAAGAUAACCAACUUAACAAAAAUAACGCUUUCUCAUUUAAGGCAAUUUCCCAAAGAAUGUUUUUUCAUCGUACAGUACAUGUACAAUUAAUUUCCAUAAAAAUGUGAUAAGCUAUAAUAAAAUGUUAUUGUUUUUUCAGAUAUUCAUACCUAAAACAGAAUUGUUAUACAUGUAUAACCAUGUAAUUUGCCCCAAUUGAUGUUGUUGCUAGGCAUAGAGCUCUGAUCAUUCAUAUACAUAUGCAGUUGGGAUGUCUUAUAUUUUGAAGCCAAGAAUGUUCAAAGGAAAAACAAAUGCUGCAGAUAGUGUUCACUUUGUUAUGAUAUCGAUAAAUGUUUACAUUUACUUGAAAUGUAUUGGAUCUCAAUACAAUUUAAGUAAAUGUAAUGAAAAAAUAUUUGUGUUGCUUGUAUAGGGCUUGUAUACAAUUGAUUGUUGAAAGGUUUGUUUUUUCCUUUAUUAUUGAAAACUCAGAUUAUAUUAGUAUAACUCCUUACACAUGUCAACUUAUGUGUUGAUUUUUCACAUAAGUACAUUUGCAUGCCAGAUGUUUGAAAUGCUGCAUUGCUUUCUACUUGCAGAAAUUAAUGAAUUAAUUAGAAGUAA